AUGCGUCUUAAUAUGCGCCUAGCGCAAGAGAGCUCGGCGCGCGCCACGCACGCCUUCUGGUGGCGGACGUUCCCCGGAGUAGAGCCUGUGGAAGCCAAGCGCUUGCUGGCGGCUGUGGGGCGCACGCUGAGCACGCAGGAGAGAGCGAGCCGUGCCCCGCGUGCGGCCAGCCGCGCCGCCCCCGCGCUCGAUACGCCGCCCCCGCCGCCGCCGCGUGCGCCGCGCGCGAGUGCGCAGCCGGCGGCUGGGCCGGGCCGCCAGCCUCCGCCGGCGGCUCAGUGUGGCCGGGAUGCUGGCAGCAGCGACGCCGACGCCGCACACCGCCCAGCCUCCGCUCCGCCUCCUCACGGCGACGCCGCCGCCGCGCUCCGUAGCCCGCGCGACGCCCUGCCCCCACCGCCGCGGGCCCCGGCUCAGCUGUGA